AUGACACGCCCCCUCCCGAGCAGGUCUGGGCUGGGGCCGCUGGCCAAGACGACCUGCGAGCAGCUGGGGUGGUGCCCGAAGCAGGUGGUGGCUGUGACGCCUGACGUGAGCGCCAUUGAGGCGAUGGCCCUGAUGAAUGAGAAGCACAUCAGCGCGGUGGCCGUGGUGGACAGCGUCGGCAAGAUCAUAGCGACGCGGCGCCGGGAGGCCUUGACGUCCACAAACAGCCCCCACCUUUUCGCACCACGCAAACCGCCGGACCCUCCGCCGCACGGCGCCCGCGCCGCGCGCCCUCACGCCCGCCGCCGCCGCCGCCGCCGCCGCCGCCGCGCCGCGCCAGGCAACUUCAGCGUGAGUGAGAUGCGCACGAUCAUGGCGGAGCACUUUGGGGCCCUGGCGCUGCCUGUGGGGGAGUUCCUGGCGCUGGAGCACGGCACAGAGUUUGUGGGGUACCGCCGCAUCACGCACGACCGUGUCAUGCCCACUCUCUCGCUCACCCACGCUCGCCCACCCUAA